AUGCAAAGGACACAGAAAUGCCCCCCGCAUGGGAAAUUCACGGUUGGUUGGAUCGCAGCGCUUCAGAGCGAGUACCUGGCCGCUAAACUAGUGCUUGAUCUUGAACAUAGUGAUCCUAUCUUUGAUCACUCGAAAGGGGAUAUCAACGCCUACACCUUCGGCCGUAUCGGGGAACACGAUGUGGUGAUAGCUACACUCCCUAGCGGAAUAUAUGGCACACACCCGGCCGCAGCUGUCUUGAAUGGCUUGAAAAGUAGCUUCCCAUUGCUGCAGUUUGUGCUCAUGGUCGGUGUUGCAGGAGGAGCGCCAACAGCGAAGAAUGAUGUGCGCCUGGGCGACGUGGUCGUGGGAACCAAAAUGAUCCCCUAUUCAGUUAAUAAGAGAUAUUCUGAAGGACCACAGUUUAACGGAGUUCCUAUUAUGUCGGGGUCUAAGCUUUUGUCAGCUACACACAAAGUUCGAGCAAAGAUCGCAGAGGACCGCUUGGAUCUGGAAAGCCUCAUCUCGGAGAAAUUCGUGAAAACAGAGUGA